AUCUUUAUCCACUUUUCUAGUUAGGAUAGAAUUGCCACGUUGACAGAGUUUCAAACCCCCAAACCCCCCAAUUUGGAGCAUGUAUUGCAUCUAUAUAUAUCUGAGCAUUAGCGACUCAUUGUUCCUAUCAUUCUCCUUGUUCAAAGGCUAUCACUAAAUCUAAUUCUCCAUCUGCAGCUAUUUCCAAUUUUGCUGAUCUAAGCUAAUUGGUAUACAGAUAUUGUUGGUGCAUUUCUGUGAGAAAACAAAAGUGGUGACAUUGGAAGCUAACUGAGAGGCAAAAAGAUGUUGGGGAUUUUCAAUGAGAAGUUGGUUAACGCACCCAAGGAGCUACACAGUCCAGCUUCUUUCAAUUCAUGCACUAAGCCUAAGCUAACUCAUGAAAUCCUUCAGGAUUUCAUAUCCUGCGAUUCCUCCAAUGCUUUUUCCAUGAGCUUUGGGAAUGAUGCUUUACUAGCACAUUCCCCUUCAAACACACCCUCCUUCAUUCAUCAUAGGUUGUUUAGUGGUUUGGAUAACAUAUAUUGUGUGUUCCUGGGUAGCCUGCACAACCUUAGCAAGCUCAACAAGCAGUAUGGGCUAUCAAAGGGAACCAAUGAGGCGUUGUUUAUCAUUGUAGCAUUUCGGACACUUAGAGACAGGGGUCCCUACCCUGCUGAUCAGGUCCUCAAAGAACUUGAAGGCAGUUUUGGAUUUGUGAUCUAUGACAACAAGGACGGAACAGUUUUUGUUGCAUCUGGUUCUGAUGGCCAGAUUGGGCUCUAUUGGGGUAUUGCAGCCGAUGGUUCAGUAGUCAUUUCUGAAAAUUUGGAUAUUAUAAAAGCAAGCUGUGCUAAAUCAUUUGCACCAUUUCCACCUGGGUGUAUGUUUCAUAGUGAGCAUGGUCUUAUGAGCUUUGAACAUCCAACGAAGAAGAUGAAAGCAAUGCCUCGAAUUGAUAGCGAGGGGGUUAUGUGUGGGGCCAACUUCAAUGUCGACUCUCAGUCAAGGAGCCCAAUGAUGCCACGUGUUGGAAGUGAAGCUAAUUGGGCUACUUGGGGCUAGCAAGCUUGGCCAAUUUAAUCAUAAUCUUUGUUUUCAAAUUUUUUUUUUGUCUUUUUACCAAUUACCCCUUUCUAAGAUGCUGGGAGUAACCUAAUAUGAUGGAGGUGACUCUCUGCUUUUAGCCCUUUUGGGAUAUCUAGUUUUUUUCUUUUGGUUUGUACAUAUUCAUGCUUCAAUCUUGAACAUGACUAUGGUAAUUUCCAAUAUGAAUAACAAGAAGCUUUAGUUUUGACUUUUUGAGAAUUCUUGAGCUUGUAUUUGCUUUUGUUAAAUGUUCUUGAAUCUUUCUUCAUAAAACAAAGCAGAAUAGGAGAAAAUCACGCGCACUCGUAUACAUGGUAUCAAUAUAUUUGUUCCAUCGAAUCCAAAAUAUGGUAGUGCAAAGAAAAUUCUGUUGAUAACUUCUGUAAGACUUGGAAACGAAUAUAAAUCUAAGUGAUAUUAUAU